UGCUACCAACAUCCAAUCAAAGCACUGGACUCUUUUCGUACACGUUGCAUGGUUAAGUAAUUCAGAUCUGCAUUUAAAAGUUCCAGGUAUCUUAAGGUUAUGGUCUUUGCCCGAAAAGGAGAGAGUUUUAUUUAUUUCCGCACGCUACGUUUGCGGAAAUUCUGAACGCUGAGUGAGACUUUCAAGCCAGAGGGAAACUAUCUUCAACGCAGACUGUGUUUGAUCUGACCAUGUCGUCGGGAAACCGCUCAACUGGGGUCCCUGCGUGGGAAGGAAAAAUUCGCUUACUGCUAUGCGCUGUGGGGAUACUUUUAUCAGUGUAUGCCCUACACGUCGAGCUAUCAAAAGAGCAUGAUCCCGGGUAUAGAGCACUGUGUGACCUCGCCGAUUCCAUCAGCUGCUCCAAAGUGUUUACUUCUAGAUGGGGACGUGGCUUUGGGCUGCUUCAGUUUUUUGUUCCAGUUGACAGUGCACUGAAUCAGCCAAACAGUGUGUUAGGCAUCCUAUUCUACACACUGCAGCUGGGUUUAGGCCAGCUUGUGUCUAAAAGAGCAGCAUUCCUCCUUGUGAUCACCUCUUGGGUGUCUAUGGCGGGCUCUGUGUAUCUUGCAGGCAUUCUUGUUUUUGUUUUAGGUGACUUUUGUCUAGUUUGUGUUUCCACCUAUGUUGUCAACUUUGCUCUACUUUACACCAAUCUGAAACGAAGAUAUGGAUUGAAUGCUGAGAAAAAGAAGGAGAAAGCUGGCUGAAAAAGAGAAAGCUGGCUGUGUGAGUGAGUGAACCACGAUGUGUGAAAAUAAGAGCGGAAAAAAAAUACCAAAAUUCUAAGCUUCUGUCACUGAUGUUAUAAAAGAUUUCUCAUUUCUAGCCCUAGCAUUUUUAAAAAAACAUUAAAAAUUAAGCCCAUUGAUAUAUCUGCUGAGUCCUUUAAUUUGAUAGACAAGUUAAUACGGGAAAGUAUGACUCUACCAAGUAUGGAGUCCCUAUACCAAGUCAUAUUAGACUGUACUACAAUGUGGUAAAUGAUGAUGGCAGCAGAGGGUGCUCCACUCAAACUGAAAUAUAAACACUUGACGCUUCAUGAGUGAGAGAUUGAGAAUAUUUUUGCCUACUUUCUGUCAUUUAUGAAGACUGUGACUCACUCAACACUCAUUCAUCUCAGGCUGUGAGCCUAAACCAGAUGGGAAUUAACUGUUAACUGCAUAUGUGAAGUAUCUUUACUAUUGCUUUCUCGAAAGUUUUCAAGAGUAUACAUUGAUUAAAUACACAAAUCACCA